AUGGAGGCAAAGCUUAGCCUACAAACGACACUAAUGACUUCUGUGCACCACCCCUAUCUCCAUGAAUUAAUGCAUGCAGCUUUUGAAAAUUGCUAUAUAUGUCGGGUCUUGUGGAAGGCGGUUUCUGAUAAACCCACUCGGCGGUCUGAAGGCUUGGGAAAACUAUCUUCCAAGCCAGUUUCACGCUAUUACAUUCGCCGCCAAUCUGCCGGUGGGGAAUCCUGCAUUAUGGAGCUAAGUUUUACCGUUAACGAGACCGGCAUUGAUAAUUGGGGUCAUGUGGUUUCUUUCUGCCUACAGAGCAUGAAUGAUGCUAGAAAACACAUCGAUACCAAUGGGUCUCACAGUCCCAAUACUUGGGCAGCUAGCAUGCUGACCGCAUCGAAAUGGUUGUCCAGAUGCUUAGAUAGCCAUGAUAAGUGCCGGUCAUCUCCACUGUCAGGCUACACUCCCACACGUCUUAUCCAGAUAGGGCGACCGAGUGUCGACAAAAUUCGAUUAUUGCCUCAUCCCAAUAUAGAAGGAACUGUGCUUCAGUAUGCGACGCUCAGUCAUUGUUGGGGAACUUCAAAGCCCUCCAACUUCUCGAUGUUAACAUCAAGUUCACUGGAGGAUUUGCUGGAGGGUAUCGGUAUCUCAGAGCUGGAUCAGGUAUUUCAAGAUGCCGUGUUUACAGCUCGAUCGCUUGGUCUCCAUUAUCUCUGGAUAGAUUCAUUGUGCAUAUUCCAAGACUCCACAGUCGACUGGGAACGAGAAGCACCUCUCAUGAGCCAUGUAUACGGGGGAGCAGCUCUGAAUAUAGCAGCGAGUAUAGCAGCAGCACGUGACAUCACCUGCUUUCCCAAAAGAGAUCCAUCAUUGAUCGAGCCAUGCAUUAUAAAGUCCGCCUGGAGUGGCUGUGAGAAUAACGUGUAUAAUCUAUACUAUAAUGGCUUCUGCGAUGCCACUUUUAAGGAUCUGUCUUUGAUGAAACGGGCGUGGGUAAUCCAGGAACUUCUACUGGCGCCAAGGGUACUUCAUUUAACGGGAAGACAGCUGUUCUGGGAAUGCUAUGAAUUGAGCGCCUGUGAAACGUAUCCAGGUGGUUCACCGCCAAACAUUCACCAGCAGUCUAUGACGAGGGAUGCCUUAUGGAGCGUUUUGGAUAGUGCCAGGAGCAGUCCGGACAUCAUGGGAAUAGCCACAACAGCUCAAACAGUUGAUACCAUGAGAAAGCUGUGGAAAGAAAUUGUGAAAGUCUACACAACAGCCCGGUUGACAUAUACAACAGACAAACUCAUAGCUCUCUCUGGGAUUUCAAAGAUUAUGGAACGGGCCCUUCGCGACAAGUAUUGUGCUGGCUUAUGGAGGACAUCUCUUAUCACUGACUUAUUCUGGUUUGGUCCAGCAAACAGACGAGAACUAUAUCCGCGUCCCAGCCCCUACCGCGCACCGUCAUGGUCAUGGGCCGGCUUAGAUGGUCGAGUGUCUUUAUCACUUGUGACCGAUGAACAGACCCAAAAUGUGAAGCCAUUGAUAGACAUACUUAUCUGUAAAGUCCACACCGCUACAGAUGACCCCUUUGGAGCUGUUACAGGUGGUGUUUUACGACUCUCUGGACGGCUGGCAACGAUCCAGCUUGACCCAGACUCUAAUAAUGGGUGGCUUGUUUUCUUCGAUGGUACCUGGUGGAGUGAUAGAGUAGGCCUUUUCAUCCGCCUCGAUUGUGCUCUUUCGACACAUCAACUUCAUUGUCUACCGCUUUUUCUUGAUAAUCACCAGUUGCCAAUAUGGAAUGUGUCGUGUCUUUUACUUGAGCCUACUGGUGACCUUAAAGGCCAGUUUAGGCGGGUUGGUGCUCUUAAUGCCUUCUCUGGAGCACUGGGUAUGCAGUCCUGGACAAAUUUUGAGGAUAAGAAGAACGAAGACUGGCUUGAAUAUGAGGCUAGGGACGAUGAUGGUAGAUAUGUGGUCUCUAUCUUGUGA